UUAUUCCGAUAGCUUUGAACGGGGAAGGCCUGGUAGCAAGGCUGCUCUUUGACAAGAAGAAGUCAACAUGGCGACGGCUCAGGUGUCCACCGACGAUCCCUCAAAACGAAAUGUUAAAGUUUUCAUCCAGAGGGACUACUCGCGCGGAACUGCAUGUCGCUUUCAAAAUAAGUUUCCACCUGAAUUAGAAGGAAAGCUUGAGCGGAGUCAGUUUGAGCAAACAGUCAACCACAUCAAUGAAAUCUUUGAUGAAGCUGAAAAAGUUGGACCUAGAACCUACCUGGAGGGAUGUUUGGGUUGUGUUACUGCUUAUCUUAUUUUCAUGUGCAUACAAACUCAAUACAAUAAGUGUUUAAAGAGACUAGCAGAUUACAUAAAUGAACAGAACCAAAGUGUGUUUAUUCCAAGGGGACUAAUGAUCACCAACCCCAUGGACAGGGGACUUCGAGUUAUUGAAAUUGUGGUUGUCAGCUCAUCAGAUCAGAGGUGACCUAUUAAGCAAUGUGUGAUUUCUUGCACUUUGAAUCUUCUAAAGCUCAACAUCCUGGUGGUGUUAAAAAUUGCAUUAUCUUGAAGGCUGAGAUACAGUCAAGGACCUAAAUCACUUCUGUUCCUUUAUUUUUUAGGGCAUAGUCGCUAAAAUCUUUACAAACUUUGCCAAUGUUUGCAUGCAAUAGCAAUAUUUUAUUUAGCUUUUUGUACAUUGAAAUGAAUUAUGAUCAUAUUAUGAUUUUUGAUCAUUAAAUAUGUUAAUUAAAUGAGUUUACUUUCAAUUAGGUGCACUGAAAAUUUCAAGUUACACUCAACUUUUCUCUAGGCAAUUUAUUCUCUGAGCGAUUUAAGUCUAGUGAAUGAUCAUUAUUGUGCAUAUGGUUAAACAGUAGAAAUUCGAUAGAUGUGGAGUGUAAGAUAAUGGAACUCUGCUGUACAUUACUUAUGAUAAAUAACAUUUUAAAGGU